UUUGAACUGAGACUCUUCCAUUCAACAUUUCUUGUUGUUUCCUUUUCAAGCUUUUUUCAAAAACCAUGGCGAAGCUUGCUUUGGUUGUGGUAUUCUAUUUGGGUCUUGUCCUUUCAACCCAAGGAGAAUUCACCCAAUUCGAUGGCUUCGCCGGAAGCGUGUUAAGCUCUGCAGAAGAUGAAGCUGAGAGUGCCAAGGGUUCGUUGUUCCGGACGUUUUCCCCUGAUAUAAACAAGGUUACUAUGGAAGUCAAAGGUGCGGCCGAUACCUUAUCGACCUCCGGAACAGAUGCUGCCAAUAUCAUGAAAGAGAAUGCAGAGUCAUGGGUUGAUACACUUUCCCCUGAUGCUGCCCCGAGCCCGUCUGCCGAUAAUCCGAAAAAGUCAUCAUGGACUGGUUGGAUCACAGACAGGCUCAGGGGCAUUUGGCUAAUGCCUUCCAAUGACUCAAAGAAAGAGGCAAACAAUUUGGCUUCGACUCUAGCUAUGGCACCAGGACCAGCGAAUGCAAGGCGGUUGUCACCUGCCUUUGCACCCAUUGUAGUUGGUUAAGAUGGGAUUAUAGAUCAAACUAUUAUCAAUAAGUGUUGGAUGUAGGGGUAAAACACAUUGCAGUUUUAAGGAGAGAAUUUGUGUUCAAGUCCUGGAAAUAAUGUUAUUGAGAAAGGCAACUAUGAAUCCUGAAAGGAUUAGUCUUCAUAGACCAUGAAGCAGAUAUGGAAGAUACCUUGGUUUUUCAAAAAAAAGCCUUCAAUGUAAUAAUAUUUGUAAGAAAUACAUACAUACGUACGUACAUACAAACAUUGUUUGAUUUUUUUAAUGAUUGAUAGAGGUAAAGUGUAACACCUGACGCUAUGUAAGUUUCUUUAGGAAUAAAAAAAAUGUCAUUAUAAUUGUUAUACUUA